AUGGACGACCAGGUCUUCGAAAUAGAACCAGAGAGCACUGCCAGGUCCUGGAAGGGAAAAGAGAGGCUGCAGAAAGAGGCCACCCAAGGCAGCCCAUCCCUGCUGAAGCUGUUUGUGGUUUGCCUUCUGGCCGGCCUCAUUACCACGGCCAUCAGCAUUCUCAGCCUCUCCCUCGUUUACACCAAGACCAGAGGCCUCGUUAACGAGAUGAGAGUUAAUGAGAUGAGUGUUAACGAGGUGCUCGUUAACGAUGGAGCAGCUUCUUCAAGUCCAGGUGUGGACAUCAGGUUUCGGUUCCUGAAAUGUUUGAGUCGAUCUGAGGAAAGGAAAGGAGUCCAUUCACCCCCAAUCCUCCUGCCCCAAAAAUACCCCGGUGGCAAAAUCCAAUGGGCUACCUACAGAUCCAACUCUGAGCAUUACCCUGACCCAGAAGGGCAGGAAUUUGGGGAAAGCCUCCACCAGAAGCAAUCCCAAAUGAGCGUGGCCAUAUUAAGGAUCAAACCCGGCGGGCUCCAUGUUCCCCAUUGGCAUUUCAACGCCAAUGAACAUGGCUACGUGCUGCAAGGAACGGUGUGGAUCGGCGUGGUCACCACCGAGAACGUCACCACUUUCAAGGCGUUGGAAGGCCAGGUGUUUUUUUUCCCCCGCAACGCCGUGCAUUGGAUCAAGAAUUUUGGGGAGGGGGAUUUGGUGAUCCUCCUUUUCUUCAGGAGCGACGAAGAGGUGAAGACUUUGGACAUGGAUGAGGCUUUUUUUGGCACACCGGAAGAUAUCGCAGCUCGGGUGCUGCAG